AUGACCACCACGCUGGAACGCAGUCUUUCUCGGACCUCGAGCAUGUCCAUACCCAUGUCGAGCCCCCGUCUAUCCGUCAGACGUGAAAUCACUCCUCCGUCCAUAUCUGAACCCUCGUCUUCCCACGUCCACGACCGUCUGAAUCUUAUCGACGCGCGUUUGAUGGAGUUGCGCUCUGCAGUUUUGACCAAGGACGCCUAUGCCGACCGUCGCAACCGCGAGGAUGACCAUAUCCGUCGAGAAUUCGAAGCCCACCGCUCCAUUUCUAACCGUAUCGAUUUGAAUGUCGUCGCGUUGAGGACGGAUGUCGACCAGCUGAAGUCGGGAGUCUUUCAACUGAAAUCGAGUAUUGGCCAGUCGGGUAACGAGACGGUUUUCUUGAGAAGCGAUGUCGACCGCCUGCAGAAAAACAUUGAUCAGGUCCAGACCGAUCUGGAGCAACUGCAGACUGAUGUUUGUGGGUGUCGGAUUGAGAUCAGCAAACUGCACUCUACCAUCAGCCAGCUUCGCACAGAUCUGAUUACUCUGCAACAUGAGACGUCCCGACACCUGAACGCGGUCUUUGAUCGUUUCUCCCUGAUUGAGUCGCGCAUGAAGCAUUCGGAACGCGUUCGUUUUAACUCUCUUGCCCACACCACACAUGCACCUAUAACUCCAGUUCCGACCAUCGAUGAAGACGGCACAAUGCAAUGGCCAGAAUAUUUUCCGCGCACAGUGUGGAGGUUCUGGUGCUUGAAAAAGCGAAGUCGAAUUCAUCGCCUGGUCCAGAUGGCAGAUUUCUAUCAGCUUGGAGGAUAUCAAUACUGGAGUCGAAUGCACCAUACCGAGCCAAUGUUCGGCGGCGAUAGUGACUCCAGUGAGUCUAGUGAUUGUUCGUCCAAUAUUACCCGCGCAGAGGCCGUCCGCCAGUAUCCGGAAGCCGCCCACCAAGCACUGGCUGCAACGCUAGGCUUGGUUUAUUACAAGAUUCGAAAUGAAGUUGGCGAGGGACCAAACGCCCUCAUUGCCCCCCGUCCUCCUAAGCGUCAGCAGGAGGAAAUGGCUUCGGCCACAUCAAGCUCUAAGCAGAAGCCUGUUAAGAUGGCACGUCGUCCGAACAAUGUCUCGCCCACAGCCCUGCACAAGAUCUAUACUGGCCCGUCUAUUGAGUCAAAGUCCCUGGCCUCUGACGAGUCCGAUAAGCUCGGAUGGAACGCUCAUUCUGAGUACUCCGAUGAGGCUAUUCACAAGCUCCAAGGCGUUGUUUCUGAGGUUGGUACAUUGCUUCGUGCAUUGGAACAGGGCCGCCGCAAGUUGAAGCCCAGCCGAUCCGAACGGUUGAACAUGUCCCCUACAGCAUCCAAGGCUCCUUAUCGCAACGGCGAAGCCGCCGGAGAACCGGCCCAGGAUGAUGAAACACGAACAGAGCCCAACACGGUGCCCACAGAAGUCAUCUCGCCUUCCUCAGCGAAGACAGAAGAUCAUGAGCUUCCGGAUACCGCAUCUAAUGCUAUUAGUCCGUUGACUUGA